ACGUCUGUUUUUUUUUUUUUUUUCUUUCCUCCCAAGCCUGGUGCCACCCGUGUCUAACUUCAUAACAGAGCUGAACUACCGAAUUGAACUGAAGGAAGCAUCCCCACACAUUAUUCAGUUUAGAGGGCUGACGCGGUCUCAGUCCCAGGAAGAUUUGAGGCCAGAUCUAUAGGUUAUGGCGCUCUCCCGUGAGGAUAUAGAAGUUUUAUGCUUAGCCACAGCAGGUGUUUGUGCAGUGAUCGAAUAAGAAAGAGGGAAAAGGAAAAGAAAAAAGUGGAUGGAAGACUGGCAGAUGAAGCGAGAAAAGGUUUCGGAACUGAAACUUGAAAAGGAGGACUGGUUCAGUAACUUAGAUGGACCAUAACACGUAUCUCCAGUCACUGUCAAUCGUGGGACCGAGCAUCACCAAGGAAAACACACUCAUGAGGAAAUCCAUUUCAGCCCACGACAGACUGAAAGCCACGCUGAUGUUUCUUGCAACAGGACAGGCAUAUGAAGAGCUCAAGCAUACGACUUCAAUUUCAGCACAGUCAUUGGGAAGGAUCGUUCCGGAAACAUGCAAGGCCAUUUGGGCUUCUCUUCAAGAGGAUUUUAUGAAGUUUCCAGAAAGUGAGCAAGAGUGGAUAGAAAUAGCCAAGGGAUUUGAAGAAGUUUGCAAUUUUCCCCGUAGUCUUGGAGUUUGUGGUGGCAAGCAUGUUCUCAUCACUCCUCCACCCAGAUCUGGAACGAGCUUCUACAACUACAGAAGGAAGUUUCAGCAUGGUGUUGAUGGCCAUUGUCAAUAACAAUUAUGAACUCAUCAUGAUCGACUUUGGAAAGAAUGGCAGUGUAUCAGAUAGAGGUGUGACUAGUAAGACUCAAUUUUAUCAGUUACUCAGUGAAAAGUGUCGGCAUAUUCCACCAUCAGACUUUCUCUCUGAUUUCAACCAUGAGCUCCCAUAUGUAUUUAUUGGUGACAAAGCCUUUUCAUUGAGGAAAGAUUUUCUGAUACCUUUCAUUCAGAAAGAUUUAGAUCAUCCUAAGAAGAUAUCGUCAAACGGGGUAAAU